GGAGAGGGCGGGGUAGGUGUCCAUCCCCUCCUCUCUCCCCCCUCCUUUUCCUUCUCGGUUUGAAUUUCUUAACCCCCCCCCCCCCCGCCCCCCGGCAUUACACCGGCUCACGGAGCAAGAGGCAAGACCGCGCGGAGGGAAAACGAAGGCUGAGACUCCCCUGCUGCUCUAAGCCCAGAAGAACUGAAGCCUGGCGCGGGGAGGUGAGGGGAGAAGAGGAAGAGGGAGGGGCUUGGCUUUCUCUCCUGUCUGAGGACAGCCCAUCUCCCCUGGAGAACCCCACGGAGAGCCGGACUGCCUCUCCGCAGCGAGCUUGUGGAGUACCGCGGGCCGGCGGGCGAAGGAUGGUGUCGGCUCCGCGGGCCGGCUGCGGGGCAGCGCUUUGGCUGUGGAUUGCCAGCAGCUUCCUCUGCAGAGCCUGGACGGCUCCCUCCACGUCCCAAAAAUGUGAUGAACCGCUGGUCUCAAGCCUCCCCCAUGUAGCUUUCAGCAGCUCCUCCUCCAUGUCCAGUAGCUAUUCUCCCGGCUAUGCCAAGAUAAACAAGCGAGGAGGUGCCGGGGGAUGGUCCCCAUCAGACAGUGACCAUUAUCAAUGGCUUCAGGUUGACUUUGGCAAUCGGAAGCAGAUCAGUGCUGUUGCAACUCAAGGACGAUACAGCAGCUCAGAUUGGGUGACCCAAUACCGGAUGCUCUACAGUGACACAGGGAGGAAUUGGAAACCUUAUCAUCAAGAUGGGAAUAUCUGG